ACAGGUUUGAAUAACUUUCGGAACGUAAAUAUAAAGAAUAAUUAUGCGACUGUGGUGCUUUUCGUUUGUGGCGACACCAAUGCGUAUGUGCCAGACUAUGAUGUAUCUGUGAUGGUGUACCAGUCGCCAUAAAACUCAUAAAAAUUGCUCGAAGUACUCGAUGAGCUUCGGGUUUUUUGCAGACAUUGUUCCGAAUGACCUUUUUACGAAUAUCAUAGGACUGAACCAACAGUUUUUUUAUAUAUCCAGGAUGAAAUAUGUACCAAUAACUUAGGAAUAUCUUGUACGAAAUUCUUAGUUGGAUAACAUUAAAAUGGUAUUCCAAAUUUCUUUUGCUUCUUGCGAAGCCUGCCUCACGUAACAAAUGACAAAUGGAUAAAACUAAAUUUUAUAUUUGCUUCUCCUUCCAUUAUAUGAUCAGACGAUCAGGAUAAGUAUCGUUUGUCUAUAUUGGAGUGCCAAUUACCACCAAAAUGAACAUUAAUUCAAUAGGCAUCACUGAUCUCUUUAACUUAUUGGAAUCUAAUAAACUUGGAGAGGUAGAAGAAAUAAAAAAAGUAUUCCAUGAAUUCUUUUUAUGUACAAAAGACAAUUGGUUGGUGAAUGGUCUUUUUGAUUAUUAUCUAUCUACAAAUUCUUUGAGAGCUGUUGAGGUGUUAGCUGGUGUUCGUGAUCCACAUGACAAACAUCUUUUAGAUCGCUUAUCAGAAGCUCUCUCUAAAUCAGGAAGCAACAGCCAAAGAAUUCAAACCCUUACAUUGUUAGGUCAUAUUGCUCGGCGUCAACCUACUUGGUUAUACAAGCUUACCAGUCAUACUUUGUUUCGGGAUUUACUCAAGUUACUUAAGAUGGAAGCAGAUACAUUAUCUCUAAUGAGUUCACUUCUCCUCUUGGUGAUGUUAUUACCAAUGUUACCUGCUGCUUUAGGGCCAUAUCUUCCAGAAAUUUUCGAAGUGUUUGGUCGAUUGGCUUCUUACUAUCAUCAUCAGUCGUCGUCCGUAUUUUCAUCUCCUAUGCAUUUUACUUCUACAUCUGUAACAGGGGUUAUUGAUAAAAAUCAUUUAUACUUAUUACAUUUGCAAGUAGGGCUGUACAGUUUAUUUCACAGAUUAUAUGCUCUGUAUCCUUGCAACUUUAUUUCAUAUUUAAAGCAGCUAUAUAUUCAACGAGAUCAAUUAGCUACUUUUACUCAUACCAUUCGACCGAUGUUGGACUCGGUACGGAUGCACCCUUUACUUGUUACUGCAUCAAAAGACACGGAAAUUUCUGCUACUAGGUGGAAGAAAAUGGAACAUCAUGAUGUUAUGGCAGAAUGUGGUCGUUUUACGUUAGAUAAAUGUCGAGAAGAAAUAUUUAAUAACACUAAUUCACGUUCUACACCACCUUUAGACUAUUCUUCUGUGUGUAUUCCAAUAAGUGCCAGUGGAGGAAUAGCACCAUCAGAAGCGAUCAAUGGUGAAGAUGAAACUUUUUGGUCACCCAGUAUGACUGUCCCACCGCAGAGUCCUCAGUUUCCAGCUACAACUCAUGAACAACGAUCUGCCCCGUCAACACCCAAUAAUAGAAGCGGUACUUCUCCUCCAGAAGCUGCGGUUGAAGCCACUCCCGAAACAACUCCUGUUAAAGAUUUACGGAAAUUGUCAACGAGACAAAUACCGAUGGGAUCUGCUGCUGUUCGUGCUCUUACUGCAUUUGGUAAUGGUACAGUAGGACCAAGUUCACGACCAUCUACCCCGGUUCCUGUAAAUCCACCUGUAUCUGGUUCCGUGGUCGGAGGUGGAGAUGGAAACAAUGCACAUGGAUUUCUUUCGCACAAGAUAAGCAAGAUAAUGUCAGAUAGACAAAUUGUUACUCAGCCAAAGUCAUCUGUCAAUGUCGAUGAAGAUGGAAGAUUUUCUGAAACGGAUACGAAUCAGAACGGAAAGAACGAUUCAUGGCAAGAAGAUCAAGAGGUUUUAGAAAUCGUAAGCUCUCAAGCUGCUGGAAAAUUCGAAAGUUCGAAACAUAUUGAACGGCCAGAACAACACAAUGAAAAGUUGCAAAAUGCUUUCACAGAUUUAUCUCAAAGGGUUUAUCAGUUGCGCUUGUAUUCUCAAAGUCAGACUUCAGAACACUUUUCAAAUUCUAAUUCUUUUCAUAAGAUUCGAAAAAGUGAAUCUUGUCCCGAUAUCGAAAUUCAAAAUCAAAUUGGUCAUAGUAAAGCAAAUGAAGGAAAACUAAUAAUAGGGGCGAAAAUAAAUGAAGAAAAACGAAUAAUAGGGACGAAAAAAUUGGAAGAGGCUGGAACUCAAACAUUUGAUUUGCUUCCAUACGAAUAUCUGUUACUCGGUAUCUUAGAUCAAAAAACGCGAAUGAACGUGCAGAAUAAUGUCCAGAAAGAUACUAAAAGUAGAUUAUCGCCAACUACGAUGCUAGAUCAAUAUGUCGAAGCUUGCACGCGUAUUAAUAACUUUUCUGGCGAUAAAACGAGGGCUAGUACAGCGAAGAAACAAAGGAAAGAAAACGAUGGAGAUUGCGAGGCGGGGGAAGAUGAUACUUUAGACAUCGAAUGUGCAACUCAGUUGUUGCAACUUAUGCAAAUGCAAUUGCAAUUUGAGCGGCAGCGUAGAGAGGUUCACGCUGAACGUAAUCGAAGACUUCUCGGUAAACUGAGGGAUUCGCGCGCGUUAGAAGAACAUAAUUAUGCUUUGACUGAUCGUUUGAAAAUAAUGGAAAAAGAAGUAGAGGGGUUAAAGGCUGAAUUAGAACGUAACAAGAAAGAAGCUUGUCAAAUUGAGAAUCAAUAUAAAGAGGCAGUACAUCAUUGGAAAAUUAAGUGCGUAGAAGAACAACGACAGAAUCAGACACUGAAAAAUCGUUUAGAAUCUGUUGAACUUGAACUAAAAGACGAACAAAAGAAAGUAACAGAUUGUGAACAACGACUUCGUUCUACAGAGGCUUCUCUGUUUGAUGCAGGGCAUCAAUUAAGGGUAGCUUUAAAGGCUGCAGAUCGUAGUAAAGAAUUAGAACGUACCCUUGAUACUGUACAGAAGAAGUUCCUUCUACUUGGAGAGGCACAAUUAAAAUUAAAAGAGAGCACAGAUGGUCUUUCACCCAUGACCAAGCAAGAAGCAACGCAGAUACAGAAAUCGUAUGCGGAAGAAUUGACUAAUUUGCGGCGGCAACUGGAAUCACGAACAUCUCUCAUAGAAGCCUUGAAAGUACGCCUCAGUGAACUAGAAAGUAAAGAGGCGCGAAAAGAAGCGCAACUCGUAGAAUUGCAGAGGCUUUUACAAGAAACAAAAGAUCAGCAUGAGGCGGAAUUAGAAGCUGUCGAAUCAAAGUAUAAAGCGCAAGUCGAAAUCAAUCUUCUUCUUGAAGGGCGUAUACUUGAACUUCAUGGUACUCUAGAAACAGCGACUUGCAGUACCACCACCAUAAACAAUUUAGCAUCCUCGGCGUCACCUAAGGAAAGAUCCCCACCAUUGUCAGCUAGUUUAGCUUCAUCGAGCGAAGGAAGCCUUGCCUUUAUUCAUUCAAGUACUGGAAUUAUAAUGAAUGACUGCUGUGAUACCGCAGGUGAAAUUUCUAAUCUUCAAGCUAUCGUCGAACCUGCGCCAAGUCAAGCAACUUCGCCAUCUCGUCAGAAUCAACAGAGACGAAAUCUUAAACAAGAAUAACGCUACGCAAAAAUGACCACCGAGUCUUUUCGCAUGCAGCUAUCCUGUUUUGCACGCGUGCAACUGUUACCUAUUGCCGUGGUAUUAAAUCCGAAGAAAGUUAUUUGUAGCUUUUUAUCAACAUAUUAUGCAGAAAUCAUAAAAAAAUAUUAUUAUCGCGUGAUUUCAAUAAAUAAUUGAAAAUAUACUGGUAAUUAAUAAAAUUACUAGCAUGAUAUGAUUUCAAUCUUAAGAAAUGAAUUCACAAUGAAUAAAUGGUUGAGAUAU